AGAGAGAGAGAGAGAUAACUGGCAGUAUAAAACCAGGAGUCAGACUUGAGCAGCUCUGAACUUGUGAGCAGACACAGAGCGGAUUAACAACCUGCAGGUGUAGAUAUUAUAUUUAAAUGAUUAGAUUUUAACACUGGAUGUUGGUUUGAUCUGGAAACUGAUUCUAACGUCACAGACACUGAUUUGUGGAUGAUGAAAAGCUGCUUUACGCACCGUCUCGUUUUUAUUUCUUGGAUAUUUAAGUUGAUAAAACAGUGAAGAAAAAAAAAAGAAGAAGAAAAUGCAGUGAAAAUAAAAAGAUGAAGAAGAGGAGGCAGAAAUGCGUCUUUAUGGAAACACCUGUCGUCUGAUUGUUGGAUACCUGCCGGAGAUGGAGCCGCUUUUAUUCUGCGUUUACAGAAGACGAGGAGCGCGAGCGGUGGAUGAAUAUUUGAGUGAUUUCAGAGUGAUCUCCAGGCUUUCCUUUGAGCUCCAUGACGGGGGGAUCUGACGAGGGAAGGUGGAGGGAUGGAGAAUGCCAGUCAGCUCAAACCAACGCCUGUCAUCUACGGAGAGCUGUUGAACAUCUCCACCAACGACACCCAUGCCAAUUUCACGUCGAAAGCGGAGGAGAAGGACACUAACCUGGCUUUCCAGGCGGGUCUAGGGGUGACCUUAGCCCUCAUAACUUUCGCUACGACGCUCUCAAACGCGUUCGUCAUCGCCACCAUUUACCAAUCCCGAAAAUUACACACCCCGGCAAACUUUCUGAUCGCCUCCCUGGCGGUCACGGACCUCCUGGUGUCCAUUUUGGUGAUGCCCAUCAGCGCGCUGUACACCGUGAGCCAAACCUGGACUCUAGGGCAGGUAGUGUGUGACAUCUGGCUCUCUUCGGAUAUAACGUGUUGCACCGCGUCCAUCCUCCACCUGUGCGUAAUUGCGCUGGACCGGUACUGGGCCAUCACGGACGCGGUGGAGUACUCCAAGAAGCGCACGCCGGGGCGCGCGGCCGGGAUGAUCGCCACCGCCUGGGUGAUCGCCAUCUCCAUCUCCCUGCCGCCUUUCUUCUGGCGCCAGGUGAAAGCGGAGGAGGUGACGAGCUGCAACGUGAACACCGACCACAUUUUCUACACCAUCUACUCCACCUUCGGCGCUUUCUACAUCCCCACGCUGCUGCUCAUCGCCCUGUACGGGAGGAUUUACGUGGAAGCCCGGAAGCGCAUCCUGAAGCAGUCGCACAACAAGCCGGGGAAGAGGCUCACCUCGGCGCACCUGAUCACCAACUCCCCCGGCUCGGUGGCGUCCACCACCUCCCUGAACUACGGGACGAACGACAGCUCCUCCUGUGACACUACCUCGUCCGCGAACGUGAGCCAAGUCAAAGUCACUGUGUCCGACGCGCUGCUGGAGAAGAAGCGGAUCUCCGCCGCCAGGGAGAAGAAGGCGACCAAAACUUUGGGAAUAAUCCUCGGAGCCUACAUCAUAUGCUGGCUCCCGUUUUUCAUUUACACUCUUCUAGUGCCUGUGUGUGAGUCCUGCUUCCACCCGGAGUUAUUUGACAUUUUCACCUGGCUGGGUUACCUCAACUCCUUAAUCAACCCCAUCAUUUACACCAUGUCCAACGAGGACUUCAAGCAGGCUUUCCACAAACUAAUACGGUUUAGAUGCUGCAGGGCAUGAACGAUGAUUACCAGCCAUAAUUACCCCCCCCCCCCAAACCCUCCUCAUUUCCAAUCAUCUGUACAAUACCAGAAAUUGAAUCAAACCCACCAUCACCCACAAAUAUGUCACUCCCUGUGUUUUUCCUUGAGGCCCACACAUUCACCAACAUCCAGAUUGUUCAUGAUAAUGUGGCUGCAGAAUGAGCUUCCACCUGAUGGAUGGUGCAGGGGACUGUGGAGAUGUAUCGACCUGCCAUCCAUCCAGUCUGCAUUGUGUGAUCUGAUGGCACUGCUCAGUGGUAAAUGGCUGUCAUCUCCUGACCGGUGGAAUUUCUGCUCAUAAAUAUCCAGCUGCCGUCGCUGCAGAAGAGAGAGAUCAGUGGAUGUUGUGAUGUGGAAGCUCUGUGACUGGUUUGCAGUUGAUAGCGUUUAUUAUAAUGACUUGGAGAAAGCCCAUAGCCCCUGACGCAGGGGCCCACCCCUCACCCACCCGCACCCCUCCUGUACGUGCUGCACUGGACUGUAGCCUACAGACUCACUUUUGCCAUAUGAGUUUGACAGUCAACAUCAGUUGGCUUGUAAGCACAAACAGCUUAGCACUAAGCUACCGUGAGCCCCAAGGGCAAAAAAUAAGAUUUGUGUUUCAUUUUCCUGACUCAAUAAGGGGAAAUACUGGUGCCUACAACAAGUUUAGUUUAGUUCCUCAGAUGUGCCUGGCCCAGAUGGAGAUAUAUAAAAAAAAAAGAGCAUGAUUUCAGUUUGAGAAAAAGAUCAAAGUUUGGUUUAUUCUCGUGGCCAGCGUUGUGUGUUUUCUUUUCUCUUCUGGCUGUGGCUGACGUUCACUUUAAACAAGGCUCCGAAAUGAGUGUAAAUGUACGAAUCUGUAUUCAUCCGUGUGAUUUUUACCUUCAUUUGAGUCUGGGUUUCGCUCAGUGGAAUGGGAUACUGUAAAAAAAAAAAAUAAUAAUGUGCAAUGAUCAACUCUGAAUGACAGAAGAGCCACUAGUCUAUCUAUCUCUUGAUUGUUAAUAUUAGCUUUGAUGUACCAUACAAAUCCAGAACCAUCUCCAAAUCCAGUUGAACAGGGGGCUGAUAAAACAGGGUUCCUACAGUCGUCUGUUGGAAUUUGACAUUUUGUCUCUUCCCCAAUCGGAAAAAGUUGCGGAAGAUGAUCAUUUCUCUUUAAAUACUUCUUCUUUUUUUUUAAACGCUUCAAAAUGUCACGGUAUUCUGAUCACAAUCACUCUCUUUCCUCCGCCAAGCCGUCACAUGUUAAAUGUCAAGCUUUAGCUGCAGCUCAGAAGAACAUUUCUGGGAACUGAAAGAGACUGUUUGCCGACAUCUUGAGAGGAAAAGAUACGAAAACAACAACAGUGUGAUGGAAGUAAGUGGAAAUCAUGCUCCACACGUCCAGGGCUGUAGCUGUAUGGUUGAGGACUCUGAGGUCAGGGACUUCACAACCUGAGGUCACGUUCUACAAAUUACACAAGGUGAGUCUUUUUAAAGGUUCUGAGUCAAAUUAAAGGGAUUUUCAACAGAAAAUUUGACCUCAGUAUUUCUAAACUGUGAGCUACAGCCCUGCACAUGUCGUACAGUAAUUCAGGGUGUGACGUCCACAGUGUGUAGGAACCCAGGUUUAUAAAUGUUUAAAGGAAUAAUUCUGACAAAUACACAGCUUUUUGUUCUGUUACUGAGAGUUAGACGCGACAGUCGAUGCCACUCUCAUGUCUGUGUGUUAAAUCAGCGUCGUUGGACUCUUCAUGGGCACUCACUAUUGUCAGCUACACUACCCACAAUGCACCUCGACUGCCACCAGUCUGGUUGGAGAUUCCGGAAUGUUAUGCUAGUAGAAGCUAACGUAGCCUACAGCAACAAGUACAUUUACUAACACCUCUGAAGCUCAACAUUUAAAGCUAAAAUAUACAAUUUUUCUACAUUAAAAUGUCAAAAUAAACAACUAUAACUAUGUUACAUAUUUUGUUGAGUUACAUUAUCCUAAAUGUUUCCAGCAAAUUUUAAAACAAAGAGAAAUCUUUAGUUUUAAUCACGGUGACGUACGUUUGAUGUGGUCGCCUGUCAUAUCCCUUAUGUGCAUUAGCAUUGCGUUUUCUUGUCGGAAGCGACAAAAUUGACAGUUUAAAGGUGGUUUUUAACCAUAUGUUUGAAAUGAAUGUCGGAUUCUAGUCAUUGGACGUCAAGAUCUUAAGUUAUCAGAGAAAAAAGCUGUGCAAGCUCAGUUCCCGGCCCCUCUGAGACGUCCUCUGUCUGUUGUACAUCACUGGAGAAACACUGAUUUUAAAAGUGAAACUGUUUAAUUCAGUGGUUCCUCUGGUUAUAAUCGCCUGGUAUGUUUGUUUUGAAGAGGAGACCUCUCGCUAAAAAGCUCCUGUACAAUUGACACUAGGAAUCCGGAGGAAGCUGAUGGCAGUAGUGGUAGAGACAACAAGUCCCAUGAUGCUUCACUAUGUCAUGACAUCACCAAACUCUUAUCAAACUGUUAUUGUUUUGAUUGGGAGACCCCUAGUGCCAUAAAAUUACAUAUUGUGAAAUUAACACUUUACAUGUUAUUUGCUUAAUCACAAACUAAAAUGUAAAAGUUUGUGGGGACCAGGCUAUUUCUUGGCAAACAACAGAAAAUAGUUACAGAUUAUAAUUGUUGUUUUUUACAUUACAUUGUGCAUAUGAAUUUAACAGAUGUGAUAUAUGUUAAUUAGUGAGCUUUGGAGGCGGUGGUAGCUGUGUUUUUAAAUGAUUAGCUAGGCUAGGCUAGGCUAGGCUAUUUGGCUCUAGGUUGAUAUUUAACACACAGACAUGAGAGUGGUGUCAGUGUUUUCAUCUAAGUCUCAGUAAGAAAUCCAAAAUUAAUCUAUUCAUUCAAUAAGGCUUUCAUGAAGUGUAAAAAAAAAAUAAUGCUGCCAGAGAUUCUGGUUCCCAUCUCGUCAUGUAAAUGAACGUCUUUUUCGGCGGCCAUGUUGGGUGUUUGAGCCAAGUUACACUGCAGCCGCCCUGCUCUAAUCCAGCUCUGUGAUGAAUAGCCUCUUUGUGUACAGUAUUGAUCAGCUCAGUGUGAAACUCAUCUGGUGGCUCUGUCAAUCCAAUGGAAGUUGCAUUUCAUCCAGGUUAGCUUCUGCUGUACAACGCUUCUGCACACAUAGGCGAUGCACACAUGUAACUGCUCUGCUCUGGAGGAUGAAAUCCAACCCACUUGGAGCACAAAAAAUGAAAAAUAAAAACCAAUGCUGCUGUUGUGAAAACUGAAAAAAAUAUCAAUAAAAAAAGGUCUAUGGCAUCAUGGGGUUAUGAUAGUUUGCCCACAUGUUCUUGUUUUUCUAAUUAAACAUCUGCUUUAAUGUGUCUCUGUAAAACACUGGGACAAAGGAAAAGCUGACAUUUCUGUUAUCGCUGUCAGAAUCUGCUGUGGUAAUUCGCUUGGUGGUGAUGAAACAUUUCACAGAUGUGAGCUGAUGGAUAUGUCGUGUGACAAUGUCAAUGCUUUGUAACUUCAUUAAUCAGCUGAGAAAAAGAAAAAAAAUAUAUAACUAUGAAGAAAAUGUAAGUUAUGAAUGUGAAAUGAAAAACUUCCCACGUGGAUUUUUCUGCUGCGUAUCUGAAUCUAUGCAUUCUUCACCAUAAGGGGGAUUAUACUGUAUACUGAUGUGCACAGCUCAGAAUACACACAGUAUAAUGAGGG